UAUUCUCAUCUUCAACAUAUUGAUUGAUAUGGGAACACACACUAUUAGCUGAUGUGUUAAUGUCGGUUAAUUUUAACUUAUUUUAAACGAUGAUAGUCUUGAUAAUUAAACCUGGAAUACAACUUCUUAUAAUUACCAGCAAGCUGUUAUAUAUAUCGUCUUAUGUAUUCUGUUUGCGUCCAUCCUCAUCAAAUUCUCCAUGGCCAUUUCCGAGCUUUCCUUGAGCUUCUUCAUAUUCUAUAAUUCUCUAAGCAUUAGUUUCUCCAACUACGCGUCUCUUGCUGCACCCUCCAGCGAUUCCAUUUGCAACCUCACACCUUAUCCAACAUUUUGCGAAUCCAAUUCACCUUCUACCGGCCAACCCAACAUACAUGGAUAUGGCCGUUUUUUCGCAGACAACUCAUUGUCAUCAUCAAAGAAGUUCGUCUCAUUAGUCUCUAAAUACCUAAAAAAAUCUCCAUCAUCCAAGUUCCCAAACUCCACCAUGCUCGCCCUUGAAGAUUGCUACCUUCUAGGUAACCUGAACAUGGGCUUUUGGAAAAGGACACAAAAAAGCAUCAACAACACUAACACCCUCAGCAACUCAGAGGCUGAAAAUUUGCACACUUUGCUCAGUGCUACGUUGACCAACUACGACACGUGUUUAAACAGCAUUCAUGAAACCACGUCGAGCCCCGACGAUGAACUACUAACCCAUCUUUCCAAUGGAACCAUGUUUUAUAGCAUAUCUCUUGCGUUCUUCAAGAGGGGAUGGGUAGCCAAUGAUGCAGAAAGAAAUGGUCACGUGUGGGAACAGAUGGUGUACGAGGUUGUCAGAACAAGGGGAAGAAAACUGCUUCAGUUGGGUCCGGACAACGUUGUUGUGAGGCAAAGGGUGGUGGUGAACCCAGAUGGGUCUGGAAACUUCACAACUAUCAAUGAUGCUGUGGCUGCUGCACCGAACAACACGGGGAGUAGCGACGGGUUUUUCGUGAUUCAGGUGGUGGCUGGUGUGUAUGAAGAGUAUGUUUCUAUUCCCAAAAACAAGCAGUAUUUGAUGAUGAUAGGAGAUGGAAUUAACCAGACCAUAAUCACCGGCAAUCGCAGCGUCCUUGAUGGUUGGACUACCUUCAAUUCUGCUACUUUUGCGGUGGUUGCUGAAGGUUUUGUGGCAAUAAACAUAACAUUUCGCAACACAGCUGGAGCAAUAAAACAUCAAGCAGUAGCCCUCCGAAGCGGUGCAGACCUCUCUGCAUUUUACAAUUGUAGCUUUGAAGGGUACCAAGACACCUUAUACACACAUUCCCUUAGACAAUUUUAUAGGAACUGUGACAUUUAUGGCACAGUGGACUUCAUAUUUGGUAACGCAGCGGUAGUCUUGCAAGACUGUAACAUACACCCAAGACUUCCUCUGCAAAAUCAAUUCAAUGCCAUCACUGCACAGGGAAGAACUGACAUUAACCAAAACACUGGCACCUCCAUUCACAAUUGUAGCAUAACCGCGGCAAGUGACUUGGCCACUAGUAAUGGCACCACAAAAACUUACCUAGGAAGACCCUGGAAGCAAUUUUCACGAACAGUUUAUAUGCAAUCUUUUAUGGACAGUUUGAUCGAUCCAGCGGGUUGGGUGGCUUGGUCAGGGGACUUUGCUUUGGACACCCUUUACUACGCGGAAUUUGAUAAUAGUGGGCCUGGAUCCAACACUACUGAUAGGGUUACUUGGCCCGGCUACCAUCUGAUUAAUGCCACAGAUGCUGUUAAUUUCACUGUUGCUAAUUUCAUACUAGGUGCUGCUUGGCUUCCUGCCACUGGAGUACCUUUCCUUCCUCAUUUACUUUGAUUUACUUGCACCUUCAAAAAUAAAAUCAAUGAAUUAAUUCAAAUUGUUUUCGUUUCUCUUUUCAUGUUGUAAUAUUGUCUUUUCUUUAGUUCUUCCUUGU